AUGACAAAGACGGACAGGUCCACCAAAUGUGUGCAUGGGUACCGACAUGAGAGCUACAUCUCCAGCACAUCUUUGAGUCAGACAAUCCAUGAAAUUCUAAAGAAGAACCAGACCAGGAUUGAGGAAUUUUUCUUACUUGGUUUUCAAAAUCUUGGCCAUUUCCGUGUUCCAUUUUUCAUCCUCGUUGCUUUACUUUACGCAUCUACUGUGGCUGCAAAUCUGUCAAUCUUCUCCCUAAUAUUAAACUCCAGCCAAAAAAUGAAAUCUCCUAUGUACGUGUUCCUCAGUCACCUCUCGCUCUCAGAUAUCUUCAUCAGCUCAUCGGUUGCUCCCAAAACCCUACAGGUCAUUUUAUUGGGUAAUAUAAGUGUGCCCUUUCUUGAGUGCAUUGCCCAGUUAUAUCUCUAUGGAGUCGCCACUAAUUUGGAAUGUUGUCUCCUCACUGUGAUGUCUUAUGACCGAUAUUUGGCCAUUUGUAGACCAUUGAGGUACAUGUCCAUCAUGAACGCUAAACUUCUCAAUGGUCUUCUCACAUACUCAUGGAUGAUGGGGUUUCUGCUGCCUCUCAUUGUCCUCCAACUAGAUUUCUGUGGGCCAAAUGUCAUCGACCAUUUCUUUUGUGACAUGAUUCCUCUUUUAGAACUUUCUUGUACUGACCAAACUUUAGUGAACAUUGAAAUCUCUAUUAUAACUUUAUUUGUUGGCCUUCUCCAGAUGCUUUUUAUUGUCAUCACUUAUAGUCUGAUAUUUUACUCCAUUUUUCAUAUGUCCUCGAAGGCUGGUAAGGAAAAGGCCUUCUCCACUUGUAGCUCCCAUCUGGCUGUUGUUUGUGCAUUUUAUGGGACACUCAUCAUAUUGUACUUAUCUCCAGCGAGAGGAAAUUCAUUCAGCUUAAAUAAGAUGCUAUCCCUCAUUAACACUGUGGUGACCCCGUUCUUCAAUCCCAUCAUCUACACUCUGAGGAAUCGGGAGAUCAGAAUGGCCCUUAAAGUCUUACUGUGUUGUUAA